AUGGCGCCCUACAACCGCACCUCCUACUACGGCAAUUCAGAGGACCAUGGCAUCCAGAGGCGGCCAACCAACAGCGAUCGCAGAACCACCCACCGUAGCACUCGCUCCAGCGAGGGCACCGUCAGCACAACCAUGAGCGCCUCAACCGGCCGCGAGUCAUCAGGCACGACGACAACGGAGGCCCCCUCAUACUCGAAGAAGAUCGUCGUGGUCGGAGACGGUGGCUGCGGCAAGACUUGUUUGUUGAUCAGCUACAGUCAGGGCUACUUUCCAGAGAAAUAUGUGCCCACCGUCUUCGAGAACUACAUCACCUACCCAACACAUAUGCCCACUGGCAAGACUGUCGAGCUUGCGUUGUGGGACACAGCCGGCCAGGAGGAGUACGACAGACUGCGGCCACUGUCUUACCCAGAGACUGAUCUCAUAUUCGUCUGCUUCGCCAUUGAUUGCCCCAACUCGCUCGAGAACGUCCUCGACAAGUGGUACCCGGAAGUCCUCCACUUCUGCCCAUACACGCCCUUGAUCCUUGUCGGUCUCAAGUCGGAUCUCCGCUUCAAGAAAUCAUGUAUUGAGAUGCUCAAGACACAAGGACUCACCCCUGUCACCGACGUGCAAGGCCAGGCAGUUGCCAAGAAGAUGGGUGCGCAAUACAUGGAAUGCAGCAGCAAGGAAAUGACUGGCGUCGACGAAAUCUUUGAGCGUGCCAUCAACACUGUAGUCGCAAACGAUCGCCGCAACAUCGAGGCCGCCAUGGCUGCCGCGCCAACAUCGUCUGGCGGGCCGCCCAAGGAAAUCGCCCAUCUGCCCGGCGUCCGCGCUUUUAAGAAGAAGUCUAGGUGCACAAUCUUGUGA